GUUAGGAAAGUUGCACAUGUAACAGUGCUGCAUCCUGGUAGUGGCAGAUCCAACCACUUUCAGUAGUAGUUGCCUCAAACGAGUGACACGGGCAAAGUAAAUCAGCCCUUUCUGGGUAGCUUAGAAAUCUUGAUCGAGUGUGGAAAGUUUUCAUAAUGGAAAAGGAUCGCAUACGUAAGAUGAGCAUCAGAACCUCGCGGCGGUCUUCAACGGUGAACAUCAUCCGGCGGCCGUUUGGGAUGAGCAAAGCAGCGUUCAGCGGCCUCAAAGUGACGGUGUUGUGGGUGUCAUACCUGCUGCUCGGCUCAGCUAUCUUCAUCUACCUGGAGGAGACGCACGAGACAGUGUACGCCGUCACGGACCACCAUCACUGGGCGAAAUUUAAAGAACUGGUAUCUGCUGGAGACGUGGUGGAGGAGCUGCUCGUCCUCAGAGACAACCUCGUCAAGCUGUGUAACCACACAUUCUUCAACCACACCAUUGAUCAGCUGGAUAAUGGCACAGUGGUGGACGAGCCUCGGAAUCACACUUCUGACAUCUUGUUUACUCUCUUAAAGAAGAAUGAUGGUGAUUGGUGGAGAGAAGUGGAGAAAGAAUGUAAGGACAGUCUAAGCAUAAUCAAAGAGGUGACAGAGACAAAGUCCUGGUCUCUAGUGGACGCCAUCACUAACUAUACACUAUGA